GGAGGCCUAUUAAGUGAAAGCUUCUUCUAUUCCGUCCAGAACUAUUUGAAACCUUCAAUUCACACUUAAACGUACCUCAAUCAACCAAUCACGAGUUGGGACGAAUAUUUCUCCUUGAUUUCAAGGAGGGCAAUUUGGAGCCGCAGGUUGUGAUUCUUGAAGCCGACAGAUCUGUUCGCGUCUACACAGGCGAUAGACUGAUGGAAGAAUUUCAGGGUGCAUUAAAUAGCUUCCAAAAGGACUGGUUACAGUUGCAAGUAUAUUUACAACUGCGUUAUAAACCACAUUCUGGUAAUUUUUUUAGGAAAAGCACUCAUCACUGGUUAUGUCACUGUACAAACUCAAGGAGGAAGAGACAAGUUGCGUCCGUAGUGUUAAACAUUGUCGAAACUAUAUGAAACUUUUGAAGCAUGAAAUUGCAAGUCUUCAAAAGAAUGCUACGGGUGAUGAGAUUACCAUACUUGAAAAAGCCAAAAUCGAUAUUCUUAAGAAAGAGUAUGUUUUACGGGAUAUUGAAGAUGUUUUACCUCGUACACCAGGUUUGUAUUUGCGUAUCGUACUUGGAGCUCUUAAUAUAUCGUUUGCAAACAAGGAGGACAAAUUCAGAUACAAGAAUGAUUACGAACGGUUCAAAAUCAUUAUUUCGGGAAUAUGUGCAUUUUUGGCGUUUCUGCUAUACUUUUACGUUCAGAAUAGAAUUGUGGAUACUAUUUUUCAUUUUCUAUUGGUAUGGUACUAUUGCACACUAACUAUUCGCGAACGCAUUCUUAUUGCCAAUGGGUCACGCAUUAAAGGGUGGUGGAAUAUAUCUCAUUUUAUGUCAACAGCCUAUUCUGGUAUUAUGCUUAUCUGGCCUAGAUCUCGUUCGUAUGAUGAAUUUCGUGAUCAGUUCAUGCUUUUUUGCUUAUACCUAAAUCUUGUUCAUUUUAUACAAUUUCAAUAUCAAAUAAGUUGCCUGUAUAAACUUCGUACUUUGGGUUGUCGACAUCCGAUGGAUAUAACUGUUGAUGGUUUCAUGUCAUGGAUGUUUCGUCGAAUCACGUUCGUCCUACCUUUCCUAUUUGUAGUAUACGGUUUUGAACUAUACAUGGCUUAUAAUCUUUACGUCAUAUCCCAACAGAGCUAUUGUCACGAAUGGCAGGUACCUGCUGUAUCAAUCAUUUAUUUCAUACUAGCAAUGGGCAGUAUUGUGACAGUUUUACAAGUGAUACGUCAAAAGAUUUGUGCACCACCACCUAUUGUACUUCAUGAUCAUUUAACGAAAAAGUAUAGUUUUGCUGUACCAAAUGAAAAAUUUAAGGCUUAUGACGAAUUCGGUGAUAAUGAUGAUACAACAACAGAAAAGGUCAUCACAUAAUUAUCGUGUAUACAUACUUGCUGAAUUGAAAUUUUGUGUAUCAUUUAUUAUGAAAAUGUUUCCCUUCUGUUUUGUAAAGAAAAUAAAAUAGAAUAAUUUAUAGCUGAUCUGUUUUCCAAUAAAAAAGGUGUCUGUGUUGAUUCCUGUAAUUCCUGUAUGUGUUUUUAAUAUAUGCUAUUGAAAAUAUAUGAUUUACACAUUUCUGUCAACUCAAUUUCUUCUGUUUGCAUACUUUUUUUUAACUCUGCAACAUUCUCUCCGACGUUAAAAAGCGAAUUAAAGUUACAUUUUUAUUAUACAUUUUAAGUUUCGUCUUUUACAGUUGACGUAUACAGAUAUUUUUCUACUAUGUAUGUAGUGCUGUGUAUAUGACGAUCAUCCUUUCUUUUGCUUCGCAAGCUAAUUUUAUAGUUGGCUAUCAUCAUUGAAGAACAAAUUUCCUUAUCUAUACUCACUAAGCAUUUUUAUAUUUGAUCCAGAUAAACAAGACAUUGGACAUUUUAUUACCUUCACUACUUGUUUAUUCAGGUAAAUUAUAAUAUUUUAUUUUCAAAGAUGUCAUACUUCUAUGAAUUUGGUGAUCAUCUUUUUGAGCUAAUGGAGUGAGGCAACUUGGAACGAUGCAUAUAUGUGCCUGGUCCUACGUUGUAGCUGACUGACUCAUACUUAAUGAAUUAUUUAUAUUACAUAAGCUUGGAUACUAUGUAUUUUCCUCGUUCUCCUAAUUUAUUGUAUACAUUAUUAUUGUACAUGUUGUUUAGCUUGUAUAUUUCCAAUUAGUGUUUUUUUAAUUCACAUAUUUUGAUAGUAUGAAAAGCGUAGUUUCAAAAAUUUUAAAUGUCAAAGUAUAUUCAUUUCAUUAGUUUAAUGUUGUCUUGAUGAAAAAAGAAUAUAUUCUAUGACCUAA